CGCCUCACUCCAAUCGAGUGGCUGUGAGAAGACCGCAGCGUCCAAAGGAACCAAACAAAACCCAUAUUAUCCAGAAAAUCCAUUAAGCAAAUCCACUCUCGUAUCAUUUUUUUUUUUCUCUUCAAUCCUUUCAUUUCCAGUUCAAAAAUGGAGCACAUUCACUGGCUCUCCUCUCUGUGUAAGCCGAACAGGAAUUCUCUUGAGGCUUGGUGUUUAUCUGCUUGGACUGUUGAACAACCAACAAUUGGUGAUGAACUCCCUAGGGUUGAAUCAAAUUCUAGAGAUGGUUUGCCUGAGAGAAGAUUGGAUUGGGAUGGUGAUGACGACGACAAUGUUAAUGGUGGAAAUAGUCAUGGAGGAGGGAGCUUUAAAGAUGAGGGAGAAAUGGAAGGGGUGGGAGAUGUUAGGGUUGAUGUUCGUGCACUAGCGGCUCAGUUGCAGCUUGCUCGUACGGCAGAUGAUGUUGACCAGGUUCUCAAGGACAUGGUUGAAUUGCCUCUUCAAGUGUUCUCAUCCAUGAUUCGGGGUUUUGGGAGAGACAGAAGGUUGGAGUGUGCAGUAGCUCUUGUUGACUGGCUUAAGAGAAAGAAGAUUGAAACUAAUGGUCGUAUUGCGCCAAACUUGUUCAUAUACAAUAGUCUUCUUGGUGCAGUUAAGCAAUCGGGAGAGCUUUCGAAAAUGGAAAAUGUCUUGACUGAAAUGGCACAGGAAGGAAUUGUUUCAAAUGUUGUUACGUACAACACGAUUAUGUCCAUUUACUUGGAACAAGGACUAGCAACGAAAGCUCUUGGCAUUCUUGAAGAGAUGCCGAAGAAAGGCCUAACUCUGUCUCCCGUAUCCUACUCUACAGCCUUGCGAGCGUACCGAAAGAUGAAAGAUGGGAAUGGUGCUUUAGAGUUCAUGGUUGAGUUGAGAGAAAGAUAUCAUAAUGGUGAAAUAGCGAAAGACGAUAAUGUAGAUUGGGCUAAUGAGUUCUUGAAGCUCGAAAACUUUACAAGACGCGUUUGCUACCAAGUAAUGAGGAUUUGGCUUGUGAAAGGUGACUGUGCAAGCACGAAGGUGUUGCAACUUCUAAUGGAAAUGGAUAAAGCAGGACUGUCACUUGAUCGUGCUGAAGAGGAGCGACUUAUUUGGGCUUGUACGUGUGCAGAACACUAUAAUGUAGCAAAAGAAUUGUACAUCAGGAUAAGAGAAAAGCAAUGUGGUAUAAGCUUAUCGGUUUGUAAUCAUGUGAUUUGGUUGAUGGGGAAAGCUAAGAAAUGGUGGGCAGCAUUGGAGAUUUAUGAAGAAUUGUUGGAGAAAGGACCAAAGCCAAAUAACAUGUCAUAUGAACUAAUUGUCUCUCACUUCAAUGUUCUUCUCACAGCCGCAAAGAAAAGAGGAAUUUGGAGAUGGGGUGUUCGGUUACUCAACAAAAUGGAAGAGAAAGGUCUUAGACCCGGAAGUCGGGAAUGGAAUGCUGUUCUUGUUGCAUGUUCCAGAGCUGCAGAAACUUCUGCAGCUAUAGAUAUCUUUAGGAGAAUGGUUGAACAAGGUGAAAAACCCACUGUCCUUUCAUAUGGGGCAUUACUUAGUGCUCUGGAAAAGGGAAAGCUAUAUGAUGAAGCACGCAGUGUCUGGGAUCAUAUGAUUAGAGUCGGGGUGGAGCCAAACAUCUAUGCCUAUACAACUAUGGCAUCGGUUUUCACCAGUCAAGGAAAGUUUAAUAUGGUUGAAGUCACUAUCAAUGAUAUGGUUGCAUCAGGCAUUGAGCCAACAGUAGUCACAUACAAUGCAAUAAUCACGGGAUGUGUCCGUAAUGGGAUGAGCAGUGUAGCUUACGAGUGGUUUCACCGCAUGAAAGUUAGAAAUAUCUCUCCGAACGAGGUGAGUUACGAGUUGCUCAUUGAAGCCCUUGCAAAGGAAGGUAAACCAAGGCUGGCUUAUGAGUUAUACAGGAGGGCUAAGGAUGAGGGUCUCAAUCUUUCUUCUAAAAUAUAUGAUGCAGUUAUCGAAUCCUCUCAACUUUAUGGAGCCUCCAUUGAUAUAAGAUUGUUAGGGUUGCGGCCACCUGACAAGAACAAGAGUUCAUAGGUUAAAAAAAAGACUUCCAAAGAAUGUAUGUAAAGCUGCGGAUGUUCCUAGGAAAAGCAGGAACAAGAAGGAAGCCAGUGAUUUAUGAUCCCUCCAUCAGUACUCUGAAGUCUGAUCACUUGAUUUGUGGACAAAGUAUUUCAAGCGACUCAGGAGGAAGCCUAUGACUUCUGAUUACCUGAUCCGAGUGCAUAUGGAGCUCAAAAACUAAAAUGUCAAUUGAAAGCGAUGUGGCUGAUGAAGUUGAAACUCCUGGGAAAUCAACUUUGUACUUGUGCAGUAUACAGUAAGACACUUUUCUCUGUUGAUAUGUAUGGGAGUUUCAUGGUAAAAAAAAAAAGUUGAAACAAAAUAUGUGAUGUAGAAAGCCAAAGUAAUGAAAGUACAUGAGAAUUUGUAGCUUUUUCCUUUUUAUCUAUAAAAUGGUGUAAAGAUGAAAGGUCUCUUGAUCUAAUCCCUUCGCAAUGGCAACUUUUAAUAAAUGAGUUUUGGGUA